CACCGCGCCUCCCCGGCUCCCGGCCAGCUGCGCCCUCGGGGCCGGUUUGCGCGCGGGGAAGGGCUGCGACCGCCCGCCGGGCCCGGCUCCUCCGGCGGGGGAGGCUCCAUCCGCUGCCCGCCCGCCCGCCUGCCGGCUGGCUCUCCUCUUGGUUCAGCCUGAGCCGCUGCCGCGCCGCUGCCCGCUGGCUCCCUUCGCAGCCCGGACCGCUGCAGCUGCCGUGCCUGGCUGGGCGCCGAUGGCCGCGCCGCGCUUCCCGGCCGGGCCGCUAGGCUGCGGGGACCGGGCGGAGGCUUCUUCCCGCCGGGACCGGCCCGAGGGGCGGCUGGGCGGCGGGCGGGCCUGAGGAGCCAGCCCCCUUCCUGACCGGCGCCAUGGAGGGCCUCCUGCUGUGUCUUCUGGUGGUCCUGGCCCACCUGGCCCGACCUCAGGUGUGUCCCAAGCGCUGCAUGUGCCAGAACCUCUCCCCUUCGCUGGCCAUCCUGUGCACCAAGACCGGCCUCCUCUUCGUGCCCACCAUGAUCGAUCGACACACGGUGGAGCUGCGCCUGACGGACAACUUCAUCACCGUCAUCCGCCGGAAGGAUUUCUCCAACAUGACCAGCCUGGUGCACCUCACCCUUUCGCGCAACACCAUCAGCCAGAUCCUGCCCUACGCCUUCACCGACCUGCGCAGCCUGCGGGCGCUGCACCUGGACAACAACCGGCUGCUCCUGAUUGGGGCCGAGCAGCUGAAGGGCCUGCCCAACCUCGCCAUCUCGCCAAAGAUGGUUUUAUCCUUUGGCUGA